UAUUUUUUUUCAAUUUAAACUGUGCUGGGUGGUAUUUGAUUCCUCAAAAUUGGUGCAUCUAACAUGAAUCAAAUAUUCUUAUUUUUUCUUCUUUAGCCUGUGCUAUGAAUACAAAGAAGUACAAGUACAUACAAUUUUUUUAUUGACUUGGCAUCUGUUGAUGCAGGAUUUUGAGAGAGAUUGAUGGCAUGCAGUCACUUGAUGAAACCAGGCGCGUACAGACCAGUACUACAGCAUAAGAUGGAAAAGAAAAACUACUUAAAGCUUCCAUUGCUGUAAUUGGAAUUUUCAUGUUUUUGUUUUUGUGUGUGUGUGUGUGUGUGUGUGGAAAAUAUUACUCAUAGCCAAGUAGCAAUAUACAGUAACUAUGGGAGAUGCUGGAGAGGGGAAGAAGGAGGAUGAAAAUAAAAAAGUGAUCCACACAUAUCCUUUGGUUGUUAAGUCUGACAUGAGUGAUGAGAUGAAGUCUGAGGCAAUAGAAAUGUGUGUGACAGCGUGUGAAAAAUUCAAUGCCAACAAUGAGGCAGCAGCUAAAAUGAUCAAGGAGAUGAUGGAUAAAAAAUGUGGUCCUUCUUGGCAAGUAGUAGUGGGCGAGGGCUACGGUUUUGAAAUUACAUUUGAAUGUAAAACUCUGCUGUACAUGUUUUUUGGUGGAAACGUUGCAAUUGUAGUCUGGAAAUGUUCAUAAGAUUCCCAGAACUGAACAAGAUGAAGAAUGAAAUACAAAGAAGAAACCAAUUCUUAAAAAUAUAAAAUGUGUAUAUUUACAUAAAACAGAAUAAUGAAAGGAAAAAUCUACAUCUUUCUGACGGAACAAAAAAUUUGAAGGAUCUACUAAAUUUUCCAUGGCUACUUCUAACUUUCCCCGUACGCUAUUAAACAUGGCAAAUGACUGCAGUGGUUAAAGCUAAGGCAUGAGAUAAUUACAGCUUUUAAAAAAA